AUGGCAAAGACUGCAACUGAGACGAGGACCAAGGCGGCGACCAAGGCGGUCAACACCAAGACUAAAGCCCCUAAAGCAGAUGCGGAGGACAAGCCCAAACGCCAGCCCUCUGCAUACCAGCUCUUCUGCAAGGAGCAGAUGAAAAAAUGGAACGAGGAGAACCCCGGUCGUGCGAAGGAGGCGAUGACACAGAUCGCCAUCCUCUGGCGAGACGCACCUGAAAACCCCAACCGCGGGCAAGAACCCAAAGCUCGCAAACCCAAAGCACCCAAAGCCGCCGCCAAGGAGAAGCCUGCACCGAAGGAACCCAAAACUAAAGCUGCUGCCGCUGCUAAGCCUGCGCCCAAAGCCAAGCCUGCUCCGAAGGAAACCAAAGCGAAGCCCGCUUCGAGGUCGAGGAAACCUUUGAAGAAGGUCGAGUCUGAGGAGGAGGAAGAGGAUGACGAGGAGGAAGAGGAUGAGGAUAGUGAUUGAGUGUGUGAGUGAGUGGUCGAUUGGCUGCGUUCACCGAUCUUUGCGAGACCGUUGCGUGAUGGUGUCGGCCCUCGCACCCUUUGUCCGUUUCUUAUAUCCCUCCCCGGACUUUUGACAUCCCAACUCAAACACGUCGCAACCACCAAGUUGGACUCUUUAAUCCUCUGUACCAUUAUCGCUUCAUUUCGCCCACCCCUGGUCCGCGUAUCGCUUCCUUCGAUAUUGUACUUCUACCUCGGACUCAUACCUCCCUUCCAGUACCCAAACUCCCCCCUCCCGCCCGUACUCUUACUACCCCUUCCGAAUUGGCUGUUCUGUAGACGACACUGGUGGACAGCCGUGUAACUUAUUCGCUGUUCGCACCUUUCUUCCUUUUUUCUUUCCCCUUCGCUGCUGCUGCUGUCGGUUCUGGUGUACUUUAAUCGUUGUCGUUGGUGUUGGUGUAUUGUACUUUAGUCGAUGUGUUCUUUUUUUUUAUAUAUAAUGAUGGGCUUUUUGUUUCUG